AGGCAGUAGGGAGUUUUCUGCUGGGGUCAGGAGGACUUUGGACAGACACACGGAUCCUGCCCCAGACACCCCUGUAUGAGUGGAGUGUAGCAGAAAAAGAGAAAACAUCCCCAACUUUUUUUUUCCUCUAUUGCCUCAAAGAGUCUACAUGUCUGGUGGCAUCUAGACAUGUUCAGCUUUGUGGAUUUGCGGCAGGCACUGCUGCUCAGCGUCACAGUGCUUCUUAUCAGGGGGCAGGGCGAGGACGACCGCACAGGGGCCAGCUGCACCCUUGAAGGCCAGGUCUUUGCGGACCGGGACGUGUGGAAACCAGAGCCAUGUCAAAUCUGUGUGUGCGACAGCGGAACUGUGUUGUGCGAUGAGGUUCUCUGCGAAGAGCCAACAGACUGCCCCAACCCCAUCGUCCCCCAGGGCGAGUGCUGCGCCAUUUGCCCCGACGAUGGAUACCAGUCUGCUCAGGUUGAGGGACCCAAGGGAGACCGUGGACCCAAGGGAGAGAGGGGUCCUCCUGGUCCCCCUGGUAGAGAUGGUCUCGACGGCCAGCCUGGACUCCCAGGACCUCCUGGACCCCCUGGCCUUGGUGGUAACUUCUCCCCUCAGAUGUCUGGUGGCUAUGAUGAGAAAUCCCCUGCUAUGCCUGUGCCUGGACCAAUGGGCCCAAUGGGACCCCGUGGAUCUACAGGAGCUCCUGGUCCUAGUGGACCUCCGGGACCCAAUGGCCUUCCUGGUGAGCCUGGAGAGGCUGGAGCUACCGGCCCCAUGGGUCCACGUGGACCUGCAGGACCUUCUGGAAAGAAUGGAGAGGAUGGUGAGGCUGGGAAACCUGGUCGUCCCGGUGAGCGUGGACCUUCUGGCCCACAGGGUGCUCGUGGUUUCCCAGGAACUCCUGGACUUCCUGGCAUCAAGGGUCACAGAGGGUUCAGCGGUUUGGAUGGUGCUAAGGGAGACACUGGCCCUGCUGGACCCAAGGGAGAGGCUGGUGCCCCUGGUGAGAAUGGAACUCCUGGUGCUAUGGGACCUCGUGGUCUGCCUGGUGAGAGAGGUCGAGCUGGUCCUCCUGGUGCUGCUGGAGCACGUGGUAACGAUGGUGCUGCUGGUGCUGCUGGACCUCCGGGUCCCACUGGCCCUGCUGGACCCCCUGGAUUCCCUGGUGGCCCCGGACCCAAGGGUGAAGUUGGAGCACAGGGUGCACGUGGACCUGAAGGACCUGCUGGAGCUCGUGGAGAACCUGGUAACCCUGGACCUGCUGGCCCAGCUGGACCUUCUGGAAACCCUGGAGCAGAUGGAGCCCCCGGUGCUAAGGGAGGCCCUGGUGCCCCUGGUGUUGCUGGAGCUCCUGGUUUCCCUGGACCACGUGGACCCCCAGGACCUCAGGGAGCAGCUGGUGCCCCUGGACCCAAGGGUAACACUGGUGAGGUUGGUGCCCCAGGAUUCAAGGGAGAGCCCGGUGCCAAGGGCGAGGCUGGUGCUCCAGGUGUUCAGGGACCCCCAGGACCUCCUGGUGAAGAGGGCAAAAGAGGAACCAGAGGAGAACCCGGUGCUGCAGGUGCCCGUGGAGCCCCUGGGGAGCGUGGUGCCCCUGGUGGUCGUGGGUUCCCUGGUUCUGAUGGCCCUGCUGGAGCCAAAGGUGCCCCUGGUGAGCGUGGUGCUCCUGGUCUUGUUGGACCUAAAGGUUCCACCGGUGAGUCUGGUCGCACUGGUGAGCCUGGUCUUCCUGGAGCAAAGGGUAUGACUGGUAGCCCAGGCAGCCCUGGACCUGAUGGCAAAAUGGGAUCUGCUGGAGCCCCUGGACAAGAUGGACGCCCCGGACCCCCUGGCCCUGUUGGAGCAAGGGGUCAGCCCGGAGUCAUGGGUUUCCCUGGACCAAAGGGAGCUGCUGGUGAGGCUGGAAAGCCUGGUGAGAGAGGAGUCAUGGGACCCACUGGCCCUGCUGGAGCUGCUGGAAAGGAUGGUGAUGUUGGUCCUCAAGGUCCUCCAGGACCAGCUGGUCCUACUGGUGAGAGAGGAGAGGCAGGACCUGCUGGAGCACCUGGAUUCCAAGGACUUCCUGGACCUCAGGGUGCUAUUGGUGAGAGUGGCAAGUCUGGAGAGCAGGGUCUGCCCGGUGAGCCUGGAGCUGCAGGACCUGCUGGAGCAAGAGGCGACAGAGGAUUCCCUGGUGAGCGUGGUGCCCCUGGCCCCAUUGGACCUGCUGGUGCUCGUGGAUCUCCUGGUUCUCCUGGUAAUGAUGGUGCUAAGGGAGAACCCGGAGCUCCAGGUGCUCCCGGAGCUCAGGGUCCUCCUGGACUGCAGGGAAUGCCAGGUGAGCGCGGGGCUGCUGGUCUUCCAGGACUGAGAGGAGACAGAGGUGACCAAGGAGCUAAGGGUGCUGAUGGAGCACCAGGUAAAGAUGGCCCCCGUGGCUUGACUGGACCAAUUGGAAUUCCUGGACCUGCAGGACCACCUGGAGACAAGGGAGAGAAUGGAGCCCCUGGACCUGUUGGACCUGCUGGAGCACGCGGAGCCCCUGGUGAGCGUGGUGAAGCCGGACCACCUGGACCUGCUGGAUUUGCUGGACCCCCUGGUGCUGAUGGACAGCCAGGUGCUAAGGGAGAGCCUGGAGAUAAUGGUGCUAAGGGAGAUGCUGGUCCUCCAGGCCCUGCCGGACCAACUGGUGCUCCUGGACCUCAGGGUCCCAUUGGAAACAAUGGUCCUAAGGGAGCCCGUGGAGCAGCUGGACCUCCUGGUGCAACAGGUUUCCCUGGUGCCGCUGGCCGAGUUGGACCUCCUGGCCCAUCAGGAAACUCUGGACCUCCCGGACCUCCUGGACCAGCCGGCAAGGAGGGACCUAAAGGAAACCGUGGUGAGACUGGACCUGCUGGUCGCCCUGGUGAGGUUGGUGCUGCUGGACCCCCUGGAACCCCUGGAGAGAAGGGUAGCCCUGGUUCAGAUGGUGCUGCUGGAGCUGCUGGUCUUCCUGGACCCCAAGGUAUUGCUGGACAGCGUGGUAUUGUUGGUCUGCCUGGACAGAGAGGAGAGAGAGGUUUCCCUGGUCUUCCUGGACCUGCUGGAGAAGUUGGAAAGCCCGGACCUGCUGGCCCUGGUGGUGAGCGUGGACCUCCUGGACCAAUGGGACCCCAUGGUCUUGCUGGUGCCCCUGGAGAGCCUGGACGUGAGGGAACCCCUGGUAAUGAAGGACCAGCUGGACGUGAUGGAGCCCCUGGGCCCAAGGGAGACCGUGGAGAGAGUGGCGCUGCUGGAGCCCCCGGUGCCCCUGGACCCCCUGGUGCCCCUGGACCUGUCGGACCCGCUGGAAAGACCGGUGACCGUGGAGAGACUGGACCCGCUGGCCCCGCUGGCCCUGCUGGCCCUGCUGGACCUCGUGGCCCUGCUGGACCUGCUGGAGCUCGUGGAGACAAGGGAGAGACCGGAGAGGCUGGAGAGAGAGGCAUGAAGGGACACAGAGGAUUCACUGGUCAACAGGGACCUCCUGGACCUCCUGGACCCUCAGGAGAGGCUGGACCUGCUGGUGCUGCUGGUCCUGCUGGACCCAGAGGCCCUGCCGGAUCUGCUGGUGCUUCUGGUAAGGAUGGUAUGUCUGGUCUUCCUGGACCUACUGGACCACCUGGACCCCGUGGACGUUCUGGAGAGAUGGGACCUGCUGGUCCUCCUGGACCCCCUGGACCCCCAGGACCUCCUGGUGCCCCUGGUGGUGGAUUCGACAUUGGUUUCAUUACCCAGGAGAAGGCCCCUGAUCCCUUCCGCAUGUUCCGUGCUGAUGACGCUAAUGUUCUCCGUGACCGUGACCUGGAGGUGGACAGCACCCUAAAGAGCCUUAGUCAACAGAUCGAACAUAUCCGCAGCCCUGAUGGAACCAGAAAGAACCCUGCCAGAACCUGCAGAGACCUCAAGAUGUGCCACCCAGACUGGAAGAGUGGUGAGUACUGGAUUGACCCGGACCAGGGCUGCACUCAGGAUGCCAUCAAGGUCUAUUGCAACAUGGACACCGGAGAAACCUGCUUGUCACCAACUCAGCCUGAGGUUGUCAAGAAGAAUUGGUACAUAAGCAAAAACAUCAAGGAGAAAAAACACAUCUGGUUCGGAGAGGCUAUGAAUGACGGCUUCCAGUUCGAGUAUGGCAGUGAAGGUUCUCUGCCAGAUGAUGUCAAUAUUCAGCUGACCUUCCUGCGUCUAAUGUCCACUGAGGCAUCCCAGAACAUCACCUAUUACUGCAAGAACAGCAUCGGCUACAUGGACGCUGCUGCUGGCAACCUGAAGAAAUCCCUCCUUCUCCAGGGCUCCAACGAGAUUGAAAUCAGAGCCGAGGGCAACAGCCGUUUCACCUACAGUGUCCUGGAAGAUGGUUGCACGUCACACACCGGAACAUGGGGCAAGACAGUCAUUGACUACAAGACGACGAAAACAUCUCGCCUCCCCAUCAUUGAUAUUGCUCCUAUGGACGUUGGUGCUCCAGACCAAGAGUUUGGCCUUGAAGUUGGACCUGUCUGUUUCUUGUAAAAAGAGAAAUCUGGACUUUAAAGUGUUGUUGUGUGUGUGUGUGCGUGUGUGUGUUUUAUUUUUUUUCUAGCAGUCAUCUCUCCCCAAAAAAGAAACCAAAAGAUUCUUCCAAUGUCAUUUGCCUGAAAAAUCUCCACUCGGCCGUUGUUUCCAAAGGUCCAGUUUGCCUAAAACCCGCACUUGAACAAAAACAAGACAGUGGCGGUGUUAUGGCAUCUGCAUCACUGUGUUUGGGACCACUAUUUUCUUUUUUUUUUUACUUUUUCUCCUUUUUUUAUGCCAUCACCAACACCAAGGAUCCUGUAGAGAAGAGAUUUUUUUUGGCAACAAGAAAAUAAUAUAUGCCUCUGUAAAGUGUAAAAAAACAACAACCUCCCCUCUUAUUUCAAAACAAAACCAGGCCACGCCGGGCCUCUCCAGAUUUCACAGAAAUGCUCAAGUGACUUUUGUAUUUUAUACACCUCUCUGCUCUGAGGAAUGAAAGGACAGUUGCAACAGGCAGAAUCUAAUUGCUUUGUACCAUGUUUCAGGUGUUGAUGAAUAAACGGUGAAACUGACAGCCAUCUUUGUCUUUGUUGUUCUGGCCUUCUCUGUUCCACCUGCAGACUCCCGCCCACCCCCAACCCUGUUGUGAUUUGUUUUUGUGGUGGAUUUCUGUUUCUGGUUUCUGUUAUUAUCUUAAUUUCUUUUUAAAGCAUUGCAUUAUAAACACCAGCAGAGAAAGAUGGGUUUAAACCUCUUUUAUGACAGGACAAAAUAUCACGGCUACCUCAGAAAUAAAACAAAUUCCAACAUUUUAAAGGGCCCAGAGUAUUUAAAAUGAAGCCUGUGAUCAUUGUGGCAAUCUGUGGGGCAGUUGAGGUUGACUGACACUUUUAACAGAAUCAGAACUUAGAAACUUAAGGUGCUAUUUUUUCUUUUGAGGUCUGUUAGCUGUCCAGUAUCACUCCACUGUUAUGUAGUGUUACCGUUGUCCUAGCAUGACAGCUCCCUCUCGGUGCUAAAACUGAAACCAGAGCUAUAAUUAUUGGUGUCCAGAAUGAGACGGACCUCUUCUGCCUGCUCAUGGUGGCAUUAAAACUUAAUUUUUUUCUUUUUACUCCAACGUUUCAUAAAUUCAUUCAUUCAUUAAUGCAUUUGUUGUACUCUGUUUCUUCUUCUCUUGUGGAACAGGUGACCUUCCUCAACAACAAAUUAGAAUCAUAGAUUUUAAACAGUCCCCAGAAAUAAAGGCAAAAGAAAAAAGUUUGUUUGAAAGACACAUCUAUGGGGAUUGAUCAGAUCUGUACCUAUUUUGUAUAUGUAUAAUAAAUUGAGAUGUUUUUAAUUAUUUUGAAUGCUAAAAUAAAGCAUGUUAAGUGGUCUAA